CAAAAGCCACCAUCGGACCAGAUGCCGCAACAACAGAACGGAAUUCUGAUUACUCCAGUUAGGAGGGUUUCUACACCGUCGGAAACAGUUGAAAGGAACAACUUUAUACAGAUCUUCACCUAUCUCAACCGGAUGGAGGAGGUGAUGAGAAACCAAGUAAGGGCACUAGGGUCCCUUGAACGCUCAAUAGUGACCCUUGGUAAGCGCCUAACUGCUGUGGAGAGUCGAUUGGAUCGCUUGGAGGUGUCCAUCAGCCAGAAGAGCCAGCAGAGGCGUGAGCUGCUGGCUCCCAUAAUCAACGAAGAUAAUCCCAAGGAACCGGCUGGCGGCAACCUUGUUGAUAAGGUUAUUGUAGCAGCCAUAAACAGAGAGGCCCACAACGAGGCCCACUUUGCCUGCCUCCUCAUGCCCCACGUGUUCCCUGAGCUAUUUGGACCAGAUAAGCUCUGUCAUCUGUAUAAUUGGCAUGGGGUGUCAGGGAAACAGCCAUUAGAAGGUUUGAGGUGCCAUUACGUUGAACAAAUGACAAAGUUCUUUUACAAAGAGGCUCGCUCCUCAACUGUAUGGACAGCCGGUGUUGGUAGAAUAAAUGAGUGUCUGCGACUGAAAACAAAAAGGGGCACGUGGUGAGUGGGGAGAACUUGGACAUCAUGGAUGAAGAAAGUGAAAUAGAGGUUAAAGAAAGUGAAAUGGAGGUUGAAGAUAGUGAAAUGGAUGAAGAAGAAAGUGGUAUGAACUAUUGUCAAAACACUGCUUAUGUGGACCGUGAGGCUAAAUAUAUUAAUGUUUAUGAACCUUCUGACCCAUCUGAAGAAAAAUAUAGUGAUGAUGAUGGCAAGGACAUGGACUAUAUACCAGACAGUGAAAUGGAUGAAGAAGAAAGUGGUAUGAACUAUUGUCAAAACACUGCUUAUGUGGACCGUUAGGCUAAAUAUAUUAAUGUUUAUGAACCUUCUGACCCAUCUGAAGAAAAAUAUAGUGAUGAUGAUGACAAGGACAUGGACUAUAUACCAGACAGUAGCGAAGAAAGUGAUGUGGAUGAAGAACGUAUUUCAAACAGCCGUAAAGCAAGGAUUCAAUUUGUGAACAUUGAUGAGCCACGUUCUUCAUCCUAUGUGGACAGACUUAGAGAAAUAUAUACUUUUGAACCAGACAUUGACAUUGACAGUGAAAUCAGCUUGCAAGAGAGUGAACACAAGGAAACCAAUAAGGAUAAAGGAAGUCAAAUGCAAGGAGUAUAUGCCUUACCUAGUCAGAAGACAGCUGAUGGAAAACGAAAAUGGGAUAAAAAGCAAUCAUGUGUGUUUAGCUCUAAGCUUUACCCAAAGCUUCCAAGACACCUAGAGAAAGUACAUUCUAAGGAAGUUGAAGUUCAGAGAGCAUUAGCGUUUGAGAAGGGUUCAAAAGAGAGAAAAGAAGCCUGGAAGUCUAUGAGAAAUAAAGGCAAUUUCGCUCACAAUAUGAUGGUGUAUAAUAAAGGGAAAGGACAAGUAAUUCCUUGCAAGCGUCCCCUGACAUCUAUUGAGGAAACAAACUAUAUUCAGUGCAAAGAAUGUAAAGGCACAUAUCGAAGAUCAGAGUUGUGGCGCUACGUUUAAGCUGCUCACUCAAAUAAAAAUGGAGAAAAGCAAC